AUGCCUGUUCCGGACGAACCCUUCUCCCCGCCACGUCUAUCAGACGGGCCCGGGAACUCCUCUCCGCUGCAGCCCUCGGAGCAUGAGACCAACGAUCAUUCUUCAGCAGGUUCUGAGGUUCACGACGAAUCAUCUGGGGACGAGAGCCUUAGUGAUGACGGUUAUGACCCCCUCGACUUUGCCAGCGAUCACAGUGGCAGCGCCUUCCAACCAUCCGACGACGAAGGCGAAGCUAGUGUCUCGGAAGAAGAGUCGCUCGUCAGCGACAGCGAGAGCUCAGCGCCUUCCGCCGAGGAGGAUGAUGACGAAGAGUCAUCUGAAGACGACGAGGACGAGCUCCGACCAAGCCGCGAGCAGAUCCUGGUGGAUACCGACGACUCGUCCCACGCCAACUUCGCCCCAGCCCCACGCAAGAAGACAGAGUAUCUCACUCUGCUGUCCUUCAACCCCGAUGGCUCGGGACCUUCGGGCUCCCUCUCCGGCGGUGCCCUCGCCUGUGCGGCAGUCGGCCCCUCUAUCAGCCCUUCCGUCUUCAUCACCCCAGGCGUCUGCACACUCAUCACCAUUGAUGUCAAGAGCAGUAGCGACUAG